AUGUGUACCAGCAUUCGAGCCCCAUGUUCUAGCCUCCCACUGAACCCGUCAAAACAUUCCCAACAGGUGUGGCUGGACAAUACCAGUCCUUCCCUGGGCGGAAUGGAAGGCAGCGGCAUGGGCUCGGACGGGGCUCGCUUCGCCUACCCCAAGAAAGGGCCCAAAGUGCACCAGUGCCCGCGGUGCCCCUUCGCCAGCCCGAACCGCUCUCACUUCGGCGAUCAUUACCGAUCUCACACGGGGGAAAAGCCCUUCGCCUGCUCUGAGUGUCCCUACCGCUCGGGGGACAAAUCCAACUUCAAGAAACACCUGCGGAUACACACCGGAGACAAGCCUUUCAAGUGUCCGUAUUGUCCUUACCGGUCCGUCCAGAGGAGCAGUCUCAAGGUUCACAUGUACACGCACAUGUGAGGUGCAGCGACGUCAGAGAGAUCUGUGCAAUGUAAUUAAUGUUCAUUGAUGUCAAAGUUGAAUAUGUUGAAGGAUAAUUCAUAGGCUUAUAUUCAGAGUUAUGAUAUGUAUAACUUCAAUUAUUUGGCCAUCAAGUGUACUUCAAAACUACCUUUUAGGUUUUGCAAAUAUGACGAUUGUAUUCACUUCUUAAAGAAAAUGUACGCACGGGGACUG